AUGGCCGAGCGCUCGAGACGUCUCUAUUGGUCGUGGCUCACGUCGCUCGUGCUCACGUACUGGCUCAAGACGAAGCGGCAUCUGAUGUACUGGCUCACACUAUGGGUCUGGACACCGCUUGUUGCUCGUCUUCGACGCAAUGGCUACACUGGUGUGGAAAACGAGGCAAUGAGUGGAGCUCGCGACCCCUAUACGGUAUCCUCUGGUGGUGCUGACGCAUGUCCGAUACGUCUCGAGGCUUUGGAUGGCCCGUGUGGACUCGUGAACAUUGGCAACUUUUGCUUUGUGAAUGCUGUGCUGCAGUGCCUGGCGACUGUCCCCGGGUUUGUCGAGAGCGUGGACCGCGCGCUGCGGACGCGCAAUCAGCUCUAUUCCAGUCCAUUAGGGGACGAUAACCACGAGAAAAAGGUGGCCGUUGCAGCGACACUUGUGGGUUUGCUGCAAAGCAUUGGCCAGGACGCCGACUCGGACGUGGAACGUGAAGCAGAAGUUGAGGAAGAUCGACCGAGCCGCGUGAAUCGAGACGACACGCAGCAACAGCUGCGGACCUUUCGCUUGGCAGCAAGUCGAUGCACGUACUUGAUGUCCAGUGCAGCUUCGAGACAGCAACAACAAGAUGCCGAGGAGUUUCUGUCGUUUUUGCUGGAGUUGCUGCAUGAUUUGCUGCGCGUGCCGGCGCAGCCGAAUCGACAGGAAGAAGAGCAGCAACGCUUUUUGCAGUCGGAAGACUGGUUUUUGCAGCAGUUGAAGAGCUACGAUCCAAACGAUCCACGGUCGUAUACCCAAGCAGUGGCAAACAUUGGCGACGUGAGAUGGAACUACUUUCUGCGCCAGAACGCGUCAGUGAUUACCGAACUGUUUUCCGCGCAGACUGUGCGAGGUUCUCAGUGCUGUAGCUGUGCGAACCUCACGUGUCUUCACGAAGAACAACGGAUCUUCUCGCUUGCAAUUGGUGUAGGAAAAGAAGACCAAACGCUUGCCGGGUGUCUAGAGCGCUUUCGUCAUCCGGAGCAGCUUACUGGAGAGAAUCGUGUAUACUGCGAUGGCUACUGCCGUGCGAAGACCACGCGUCUCACGCAGAUCCUUCUGCAGCGUGUGCCGCCAGUGUUGGUAUUCCAGCUGCAACGGUUCAAACACACGUCUUUGAAAAGACAAACCGAAAAAGUGGAUACGCCGGUGAGCUUUCCAUGCGGAAAGGAUGAGCUUCUGGACAUUACAAUGAACGCCUUUAUUCGAGAGGACGAAAGCCGAGUUAUAUUUGAGUUGACAGCAGUGUGUGCUCACGUUGGCAGCUCCAUUGACUCCGGCCAUUACGUUGCAUACGUGCGCCACGAACAUGUACGACAAGACGCUGUACGAUCCGAGCAAUGGUUUCGGAUUGAUGAUGAAGUAGUUUCUGCGAUCGAUGAAGCACAGCUACGACAGGAGACGCUGUGUUCUGCAUAUCUCCUCUUCUACGCCCAAGUACCCAGGCGAGGUGAUGGUCAUUGA